AUGGCUGAUGUUAAAGACGUUCCCUUCCCCAUUUGGGGCGAUUCUACAGGAACUGGGGCUACCGAUAUUCCUGCCCUUGCAGGAACCACGGUAUUGAUGCCAAACUGGCAAUCGAUACCUGUGGCCGAAAAGACCUACCGUUGUAAAGCUUGCACUGGCUCCUCCGAAGCCGAUUCCCGCCAGCUUCGCUUUGGACUCGCCGUGCCCGGUGCCACAGCUUUGCGGCAGGGCCUCGAGGCGCUGUCAGCACAGAGGCCCCUGUUGGCGCUUUGGGCGCUGCUCCGCGCGGAGCGACUGGCCGCCUGCUAUGGCGACGAGGCCGCCGCUGCGGCUGCACGGCGAGCGGCAGCAGGGGUGGAGAUGCCCGUGCCGCCGGCUGCAAGGCGGAACGGCUCCCUGCUCCUCCGUGCGCCUGCCGCUGCCGGCGCUCGGGUUUCACCGGAGCGUGCCUAUGAGGAGGCCUCCGAGCCCAAAACCGAUGCCGCCUGGCGCUUCGAAGGCUUCCUAGUGGGCGGCGAGGUUCCACGCGUGGAUUGCGGGACCGAGGCAGGUUUCCAGAAGGCGCUGGGCUACGUCCGACGACGGUUGCCCGUGAUCUUCCUGAACUUGAACUUGAUGCCCUCAACGAACAAGUGGGACAUGAACUAUCUUCGUAGGCACACCAACGAAUGGCCCGGUAUGAACGUGUUGAGGUCUGCAGGUGGCGAGAACCGCUAUCUCUACUACGUGCCGGAGCAGUCAGAUCGAGAUAUGGCGGCCUUCGCCAGCGCCCCACGCCAUGCGAGCUCGGACAUGCGUUUGUCCUUCGAGGGGUUUCUGGAUACUGCCAAGCAGGAUCCAAGCGGCCGCUACUAUCUCCAAGCUCCGCUCGUUCUGCGCCAACCCACGGACGCUGGACUAACGGAGACGUGGUCCCCUGGCAUCGAUGCAGAGCUGCGCAAGGAUUGCGAGCAGCGAGUGAACCGAGAGCGCCUGGAAGCCUUGCAGGCGGCGGGCGGUUUCGGCUUCUGGUCUCGCUCGCAGCUCUUCGUGGGUCCGUCGGAGAGCUUAUCUCCGGCGCACUACGACCAGUACGACAACAUCUACAUGCAGGUGGAAGGCGAGAAGCACUUCCUCCUCUUCGAUCCCCGUGCUGCUGAAGGGCUCUAUGCUUUUCCGGUGUCGCAUCCUUACGAUGAGUAUGCCAUGGUCGACCUGCAGAACGUGGACUCGAAGAGUUUCCCUCGGGCCCGACGUGCUUUAGAGAAGAGGGGCGCGGUGGCCACUCUGCGGCCCGGCGAAGCUUUGUUUAUUCCCACGCAUUGGUGGCAUCAUGUUCAAGGCACGGCUUCCCGCGGCGCCUGGAGCAUCAGCGUCAACUUCUGGUUCGCCAUCCACAGAGUGCUGAUGGAAGGCCCACACCCAUUCCCGCAGCACUUGGAGCUAGAGCUUGCACGGCACGUCGAGCUGCUGUUGUCCGAUGUCGGCGGCAGUGCCUCCGUUGGUGCCCUCGCCAGAGACUUGCAGAAGGACGCCGAGAAUGCAGAGCUAUCAGAGCUGGACGAGACCUUCUUUGCGGUCCGACUCUUCCUCCUCGACCGUCUCAGCGCGCUGCUGGGUGCUGGCAAUGUGGCAAAGUUCCUCUCGGAGCAUUUCCCCGCUGAGCGCUUUCAGCGGAGUGUGGUCUCCAAAGCCCUGCGUGCGUAG